AUGGAGGAAUUACUGGAGAAAUCCAACAGGUCUGCAAGAAAGGCUACGGGCUUAAGGUAUGACGAUCUGUGCAUGCAUCUAAAUCUGGAUCUACCAGAUGGAUUCAAAAUCCUAAAAUUUGAGAGGUUCAAUGGAGCAGGGAAUCCCAAGGCACAUCUCCGAUCCUACUAUUACCAAUUGGUUGGAGUAAAGAAAAAUGAACCUCUGAUAAUGCAACCAUUCAGUCGUAGUCUAACCGGAGAAGCCGUUGAAUGGUUCACAACUCAAGAUAUGUGUCAGCAGCACACCUGGGAGGACAUUGUAGAGUCCUUCAUGGAAAGGUUUUGCUUCAACGUCGAAACAGUGCCAGGUAAUAGCGGUCCGGCCCUUGUGCAGCCUCCAAUGUGUGAAGGAGAGCUAGUCUCUGUAUCCAUCGGGUCCCAAGAACUUGAUUUCUACGACCGAAUGCUGUCUAUGGCCGAAACACCAUUUGCUGAAUUAGGCAAGAUGGGAGAGGCUAUAGAAGAUGGCCUCAAAUUUGGGAAAAUAGUUAGUGUCUUUAACAAGGCAUCGGGGCAAGCUGUUGUAGGAGCCUUCCGCAAGAAGAAAGAGGACGUGGCCAGCUUGUCCCAUACCCCAAAUCUAAGCCCAAAAGAACUACUAUCCACCACAUAG